CGGCUAUUUAGACGAAACUGGUUAGCUAUGUUAAUAAUCUGGGUCUUCUUUGAGGCGUGCUCCGCCUUGCGUUGCUGACGCUGUUGCGUUGCGAGGACCUCCCUAGAGCUGCUCCCUCCUAACUCAUCCUCCUCCUCUUCAACCUUGGUCUUCACCGCCUGCUUCCUUUUCUCCCUCCCCCCCCUCCGGACUUCCCCCUUUCCUUGAGGCGGCCUCUGGUUUCCCCUUCGCCGCCGCCGCGUCAGGUUCUGCAGCUGCUCGCCAUGACCUUGUUGACUGCCAGCAGCAGGGCGGCCGCGCGCCUCUUGGGUGCCAAGAACUCGUCAUGUAUCAUUUUUGCUGCUAGACAUGCCAGUGCUUCUACGAACCUGAAAGAUGUUCUUACAAACAUGAUACCUAAGGAGCAAGCAAGAAUUAAAAGCUUCAGGCAACAAUAUGGCAGCACAGUCAUCGGUCAAAUCAGCGUGGAUAUGAUCUACGGUGGUAUGAGAGGUAUGAAAGGGCUAAUAUAUGAGACCUCAGUCUUGGAUCCUGAUGAGGGCAUCCGUUUCCGUGGGUAUAGCAUUCCUGAGUGCCAGAAGCUGCUGCCCAAAGCCCCUGGGGGUGCAGAGCCCCUACCUGAAGGCCUGUUCUGGUUGCUGGUGACAGGAGAGAUCCCCUCACAAGAACAGGUGAACUGGUUGUCUCGAGAGUGGGCCAAGAGAGCAGCUCUGCCUUCCCAUGUAGUGACCAUGCUCGAUAACUUCCCCACCAACCUUCACCCCAUGUCGCAACUCAGUGCUGCUGUCACCGCCCUCAACAGCGAGAGCACUUUCGCCCGUGCCUAUGCAGAGGGGAUCAGCCGGACCAAGUACUGGGAAUUUAUCUAUGAGGACUCCAUGGACUUGAUUGCCAAGCUGCCAUGUAUAGCUGCAAAGAUCUACCGUAACCUGUACCGUGAGGGCAGUAGCAUUGGUGCCAUUGAUCCUGCCUUAGACUGGUCACACAACUUCACCAACAUGCUGGGUUAUAGUGACCCCCAGUUCAUUGAACUCAUGCGACUCUACCUCACCAUUCACAGUGACCACGAGGGUGGUAAUGUCAGUGCCCAUACCAGCCAUCUAGUGGGCAGUGCCCUCUCUGACCCUUACCUAGCUUUUGCUGCAGCUAUGAAUGGUCUGGCUGGGCCGCUCCAUGGCCUUGCAAAUCAGGAAGUGUUGGUGUGGUUGACGAACUUGCAGAAGGAGUUAGGCGAGGACGUGUCUGACGAGAAGCUAAGGGAUUUCAUCUGGAAUACUUUGAACUCUGGCAGGGUGGUUCCUGGCUAUGGCCACGCAGUGCUGAGAAAGACUGACCCCCGCUACACCUGCCAGAGAGAAUUUGCCCUCAAGCACCUUCCCAAAGAUCCCCUCUUCAAGCUGGUGGCACAGCUAUAUAAGAUUGUCCCUAAUGUGCUGCUGGAACAGGGCAAGGCCAAGAAUCCUUGGCCCAACGUGGAUGCACAUAGUGGAGUCCUCCUACAGUACUAUGGCAUGAAGGAGAUGAACUACUACACAGUGCUGUUUGGUGUGUCUCGAGCUCUUGGUGUUCUGUCGCAGCUCAUUUGGAGCCGGGCACUUAGCUUCCCACUGGAGAGACCCAAAUCCAUGAGCACAGAUGGGCUAAUGGUGCUUGUGGGUGCCAAGUCAGGUUAAAGGAAGCAAUGUGGCAUGGGGGUCAGCUAUUGAGGGAAUGGUAGAGACAAUACAACUUUUUUGUGUUUUGUUCAAAGGGCCUUGAAAAGAUCCUUCCUUAGAGGCACUGGCCAUCACAUAUUUUUUUCAAGUUAUUUAUGGGAUAAAUUCAGAUAAUACUAGAUACUUAUACCCUGUUCCCCACCUGCUACCUUAAAAUGCCACCUAAAGUUAGUUUAGAUUCCUAAGCGGAGGGCCCUGGGCAGCUCUUCCCAACCUGAGCUGAUGCCCCAGGCUAGAGAGACUGUUGCUCCUUUCUAGCUCAGACUCAUCCUCCUCCAUUGCCCCAUGUUGCAGGCCAGGAGCAGAGGAUACUGCCCCUUUAACAAUCAUGUCAUAUCACAUGCUGCUUUAUGCCACUUUUCACAGAUGGGAUGUUCUGCAUUGUAAACAAUGCCCUCCUUUUUUAAAAAAAGUGGACUUUGAAUGUUGCUUUUUGGGGAUGGGAAGGAAGUCCCUUCAGUUGCCCCCUUUGUAUUUUAUGCUGUUGCAGUCAAUACAGCAGAUUUGUGUUCUUAAAAGACAGCAGGCAGGGCUGCAGUUAAAGUCACACUGUCUGAUGAAGGAAGAAAUAUAGCUCACCUCUUUGCCUACCAAGCAGGGGCAUUACUAUCCUUUCCCCCCUGCCCCUCCAGACUACCACAGCACUUGGUUGUCCUGAACCUGCACACAUAGCUUUUCUUGGGGAGCAACCCCCAGACCCUGACCUUUUGUGAGGGGGUGCUUUGUUCCCAAAGAUACUUAACAGUAAACUUCCAUCUGCCAGGAACAAACAUCUCCUUGCCCCCUUCUCUUUGGCCAGAGGAGAUGAGACCAGGGUGUUUAAAGCAAGUGAUCUCCUUCUCCCUCUUAAUUUUGACUUGAGCGUUGGUGCUGUGAUACUGAAAAUGUGGGGUGAGGGUGUCUAAAUAUCAAAGAAUGUAUUGGUAACAUUUUCAAAACGGCAGAUGUGAUAACACUGCCAUGUGGCUUUAAUUUGGCUAGCCACAGUUUGAGAGCAGUGAUGGGUUAAAAAGAAUGGAACCUGUCUCCUGGCCUCCUUUCCUGUCUAGAAAGGACUUCAUACACUCCUACCAAUGUUUGUUUUUUCUGUGUGUUUGUGUGAAACCCUUUGUCCUAUAACCACAAAAAAAGGAAAGAAAUACCCCAAUCUUAACUUGAAGGCACAGUGUAAAUGGCUGUGUAAGCAUCAGCGUUCUGUUGCAAACUUCAGGUGAUUCUGUACAAACUGCAAAAUAAAUGUUUUUAUUAACAAGA